AUGCCAACAUCACAAAUCGAGUCUCGAGAGCCCUCAGGUCAGGGAAAGAAGGCGCCGCGCAAGCAUGUCACUACGGCAUGCGUCCCAUGCAGGGAGAGUAAGAUCAGGUGUGACGGAGCUCAGCCAAAUUGCUUGAACUGUCAGAAGAAGGAGAAGAUCUGCAGGUACCAGCAUGGAGACGACAAGAGGAAAAUCUCUUUGCGGGCAGCCACGGAGCUUUUUUCUGCAAGGAUUGAUCAAUUAACUCAAUUCAUUUACGAUAAUGGUCUUGAACCACCACAAAUGCGGCCAGAUGCCGAACAGGAAAUGAACAGAGUGCUGGACACUCUCCAAGUUCCGCGAAGCGUGGUCAAAGCGAACAAUUCCCGGACCAGUGCAAACAUUCCUCGGGCCACUCUCCAGAAUAGAGAUAUUAGCCGAGGAAAUGAUCGUAUAUAUACGCCGCCUGCGAAUCGGUACCCAGCUGAAACUGCGGGCACCUCUGUCUUACCAUCCGUACAAUUUCCUAAUAUCAACAAUCAUGAUUAUAUACCGCCUGUCUUCGACUUUAGUCUUCCGACAGCCGAAAUAUUGGAUGACCUAUAUGCUAAGAACCUACAAACUCCGCCGAGCAACGCCAAUCCUGAAAACUCAGAGGCUUACGCAGAAGUCGAACGAUCCUCUCUGCGCGGGCAGCAGCAUGACGAUGACUCCGCCUCAGAGACAGGCGACGAAGCCGAGAGGGAGGUCAUCGAACAGCUUUCAUCUCGAAUGGGCACUCUGAAGCUAGCGAGCGAUGGCCAUUUGCGUUUCUAUGGUCCAACGUCAAACCUUACUUUAGUCGAUGUUGCACCCACUUCGAAACAGAGACCAGGCCCAGAUGUGCGCUCAGUUCGCCAUGAUGGGCAAGAACUUCUUAAUCAUCUGCGUAUUGGACAGUAUGUGGAGCCAAGCCUUGAAAGUCAUCUUAUCGACCUCUACUUUACAUGGCAGAAUCCGAGUCUGUACAUCGUCGACCGAGAGAUGUUCAAUUUGGCGCGUGCAAAAUGGCGUGAUGAGUUGGACGAUACUCCUUUCUAUUCGGAAGUCCUUACUAAUGCAAUGUGCGCACUUGGAGCAGCGUUCGAGGCGCGAUACCAUCCAACAUUUAUCACCUUCCCAAAAUCACUAUCAGAGUUCUUUGCUGAUAGGGCAAAAGCUCUGUUGGAAAUUGAAUUAGAUUGUCCCUGUGUGGCUACAGUGCAGGCUCUUGCCAUCCUGAGUAGUCACGAAGCUGCAUCGAAUCGCGAUGCUCGGGGGUGGCUCUACAGUGGCAUGUCAAUGCGACUUGCGUAUGAUUUAGGUCUACAUCUGGAUAUGGCAACGUAUGUACAAAAAGGAAGCAUGACGCCUAUCGAGGCGAAAGUGCGUCGAAUCACUUUCUGGGGUAGCUACAUUGCAGAUCACUUUUGGGGAUUCUACUUAGGCCGCCCUUUUCGCAUGAACGCCGGAGAUGUAUCUGUCUCAAAGCCAGCAUCGGCACCGGAUACCAGAGAAGGGACGUGGUAUGCGUACGGCAUGGGAGAGUUGUUGCCACGUGCUUUAGAACACGGCCUCAGGGACCCGGGUGAUCUUGUAACCCAACAAUUCGUCAAUCUAUGGGAAAUGAUUGCACCUGUUGGACACAUUCUCUACGGUUGUAGUGACAUCGCGAGUCAUGAUCUUCAAAGAAUGAACUAUAAGGUGACCGAAGAUUUGUUUGCUUGGAAAAGGAGUCUUGAUCCUUCGCUGCAGGUUGAUCUUGAACAUGACACCGGCCCUGUGCUACCACACCUGCUGAUGCUCCAUAUGCAAUACUAUCAAAUCGUCAUAUUUUUCCACCGGCCUUGGGUUUCCAAAAGCUACAUUCAGCCGCAAAACCCUAAACAAGGACCAGGCCAUCAACAUGCCCGAAGAACAUGUGCCGAAUCGGCAACGGCAAUUGCACGCCUGCUACGUCUUUACGAAAAGUAUUACACAUUCCGACGUAUAAACAAUCAAGUUGUUGCUAUCAUAUUCACUGCUGCUCUGAUGUUGAUAUUUGUCACUAUUUCUAUGUCUACCCAAGACACCGGACGGUCACACGCGGAUGAUAAGAGCCGACAGGCGGACAUGGCGGCACAUCUGAAUGUCUGUUUUCGAGCUUUGGACGAGCUUGGUCAAUCCUUCGAGAAUGCAAAGCGAACUAGAGACUUCCUCGUGAGCUUGCAGCGACGAUGGCAAAACCACAUGCGAAAAACCGGCGCAAACCCGAAAAGGUCACUCGAGCCAUCUGCUACCAAGAGCCCGCAGAAUGCUACAGACGGAAGAUCCCCUACUUUUUCUGCCAUGCCCAAUCCUACCGCUGCUGGUAGUCAAUAUCCGAGAUCCAGUCUAUCGGGCCAAAAAAAGCCACGAUUAGCCGAACAGUCAAUGAUGCAAGACGCCAGACUUGGUGCCAACUUUGUUGACACGAACAAGUUCUUACCUCCGGACGUCGACUUUGGAUCCAUUGGCAAUGGCGGAUUGAACUGGACACCUUCUACUAGAGACUUGAAAAUGCUUUCAGAGGAACUCGGUGAUGCACCAUUAUUCUCUACUGCAUCAUCUCCAUCUUCAAUGUCGCCUCAACCACAGAUACCAGGAGGUAUGGCGACGCUUACUAGCGCCACGCCUGGGGGUAGCAAUGCCAUCUCGAGCCUGGAUGAGAUUGCAUCUGCGUGGUGGAACUGGCCUGUUGAUGGGAUUGAUGGAACUAACACUAAUAACAGAAGUAGUGCGAAUCUUUGA